CGCGGGGCGUCAUGGCGGCCUCGGAGCGGCGCGCCUUCGCUCACAAGAUCAACAGGACAGUGGCUGCUGAGGUCCGGAAGCAGGUGUCCCGGGAACGCAGCGGCUCACCCCACUCCAGCCGACGCUCCAGUAGUUCCCUGGGGGUCCCUCUGACGGAGGUCAUCGAGCCUCUGGACUUUGAGGAUGUGCUUCUGAGCCGGCCACCUGAAGUUGAGCCCGGUCCCCUCAGAGACUUGAUAGAGUUUCCAGCUGAUGACUUAGAACUACUGAAGCAACCCCGAGAAUGUCGGACCACAGAGUCUGGGGUCCCCGAGGACGGAAAGUUGGACGCCCAGGUGAGGGCUGCGGUGGAGAUGUACUCGGAGGACUGGGUCAUUGUACGCAGAAGGUACCAGCACCUGAGUACAGCCUACAGCCCUAUCACUACGGAGACACUCCGAGAGCGACAGAAAGGCCUCACCUGCCAGGUCUUCGAGCAGGAUACAUCUGGGGACGAAAGGAUGGGUCCUGAGGACACGGAUGAUUCCCAGCACUGCUCAGGCUCCCCAGAGGACACCCCUCGAAGCAGUGGAGCCUCUGGCAUCUUCAGCCUGAGGAACCUGGCCUCAGACUCACUACUCCCAGCACUGCUCGAGCGGGCAGCCCCCGAGGAUGUGGACCGGCGCAAUGAAGCCCUCAGGCAGCAGCACCGGGCCCCUGCCCUGCUCACCUUGUACCCUGCACCUGACGAGGAUGAAGCUGUAGAACGCUGCAGCCUCCCUGAGCCACCCCGAGAGCACUUUGGACAGCGGAUCCUGGUGAAAUGUCUGUCACUCAAGUUUGAGAUUGAAAUUGAGCCCAUCUUUGGCACCUUGGCCCUGUAUGAUGUGCGGGAGAAAAAGAAGAUUUCAGAAAACUUCUACUUUGAUCUCAACUCGGACUCCGUGAAGGGGCUUCUCCGGGCCCAUGGCGCCCACCCAGCCAUCUCCACCUUGGCGCGCUCUGCUGUCUUCUCCGUGACCUACCCCUCCCCUGACAUCUUCCUGGUUGUCAAGCUGGAAAAGGUGCUUCAGCAGGGGGACAUCAGCGAGUGCUGCGAGCCUUACAUGGUGAUGAAGGAGGCGGACACAGUGAAGAACAAAGAGAAGCUGGAGAGGCUGCGCCUGGCCUCGGAGCAGUUCUGUGCCAGGCUUGGCCGCUACCGCAUGCCCUUCGCCUGGACGGCUGUGCACUUGGCCAACAUUGUGAGCAGCGUCGGGCCACAGGACCGGGGCUCCGACCCGGAGGGCGAGCGCAGACCGACUUGGGCAGAACGCCGCCGUCGGGGCCCCCAGGACCGAAGCUGUAGUGGGGAUGAUGCCUGCAGCUUCUCCAGCUUCCGCCCGGCCACCUUAACAGUCACCAACUUCUUUAAACAGGAGGCAGAACGGCUCAGUGAUGAGGACCUUUUCAAGUUUCUGGCGGACAUGCGGCGACCGUCGUCCCUGCUGAGGCGUUUGAGACCUGUGACUGCUCAGCUCAAGAUUGACAUCUCCCCGGCACCCGAGAACCUGCACUUCUGCCUGUCCCCUGAGUUACUGCAUGUCAAGCCCUAUCCAGACCCCAGGGGGCGGCCCACCAAGGAGGUGUUGGAGUUCCCUGCCCGUGAGGUCUACGCCCCCCAUACCAGCUACAGGAACCUGCUCUUCGUGUACCCACACAGCCUCAAUUUCAGCAGUCGCCAGGGCUCUGUGCGCAACCUGGCUGUGCGGAUCCAGUACAUGGCUGGGGAGGACCAGAGCCAAGCCUUGCCGGUCAUCUUUGGGAAAUCUAGCUGUAGUGAAUUCACCCGAGAGGCCUUCACACCAGUGGUCUAUCAUAACAAGUCUCCUGAAUUCUACGAGGAAUUCAAGCUGCGACUUCCCACCUGCGUGACCGAGAACCAUCACCUCCUUUUCACCUUCUACCACGUCAGCUGCCAGCCCCGGCCAGGAACAGCCCUGGAGACGCCCGUGGGCUUCACCUGGAUCCCUCUGCUACAACACGGCCGCCUGAGGACGGGUCCCUUCUGCCUGCCUGUGUCGGUGGACCAGCCUCCACCCAGCUAUUCAGUCCUGACCCCGGAUGUGGCACUGCCGGGCAUGCGCUGGGUGGACGGUCACAAGGGUGUGUUCAGUGUGGAGCUCACAGCUGUGUCGUCCGUGCACCCGCAGGACCCCUACUUGGAUAAGUUCUUCACCCUGGUACAUGUUCUAGAAGAAGGGACCUUUCCAUUCCGGCUCAGGGAGACGGUGCUGAGUGAGGCCACCGUGGAGCAGGAGCUUCGGGCCAGCUUGACGGCUCUGCGCCUCGCCAGCCCCGAGCCUCUUGUGGCCUUUUCCCACCACAUUCUGGACACGCUUGUCCGCCUGGUUGUGCGGCCGCCCAUCAUUGGUGGCCAGAUAGUGAACCUGGGCCGAGGGGCCUUUGAAGCUAUGGCUCAUGUAGCCAGCCUUGUGCACCGGAGCCUGGAGACUGUCCAAGAUUCCCGUGGUCACUGCCCGCUGCUGGCUGCCUACGUCCACUAUGCCUUUCGCCUCCCUGGCGGUGACCUCGGCCUGCCAGGCGGGGUCCCUCCACCAACGGUACAGGCCGCCACACUGGCCCUCGGCUCUGGCCGCCCCACCAGCCUCUACCUGACACGCUCCAAAAGUAUCAGCAGCAGCAAUCCUGACCUGGCCAUAGUCCCCGGCUCUGUGGACGAUGAGGUGUCCCGCAUCCUAGCCACCAAGGGCGUCGACCGCUCCCACUCGUGGGUGAAUUCUGCUUACGCUCCAGGAGGCAGCAAGGCUGUGCUGCGGCGGGUGCCCCCAUACUGUGGGGCUGAGCCCAGACAGCUGCUGCAUGAGGAACUGGCUCUGCAGUGGGUCGUGAGCGGCAGUGCAGUUCGUGAGGUGGCCCUACAGCAUGCCUGGUUCUUCUUCCGGCUCAUGAUAAAGAGCAUGGAGCUACAUUUGCUCCUGGGCCAGCGACUGGACACUCCCCGAAAGCUGCGCUUCCCUGGGCGCUUCCUGGACGACAUUGCAGCCCUGGUGGCCUCUGUGGGCCUGGAAGUCAUCACCCGAGUCCACAAGUGACCUCCUGUCUAUAACGGACCGAGGCUACAUCUUCAGCCUGGUACGAGCUCACU